CGAUAUUCACUGAUAUUGGUAAGAAACAAGAACUACUUUCUUUCAAAAAUAGCUAAGUAACGCCUGCAUUUCUUUGCCAACAAAUUAAAGCAACUAAAGAAUUUGUCUCUCUUCAAAGCUUUCCAAAAUUUCAUGCAGGAAUUUUUUGGUUUGUAAGAGCUUUACUAGGACUUCCAUGUGUAAUUGUUUUUCUUAUAUUCAAUUGGCGAAGGAAACAUAUGUCGGAAUAUAACACAAUCGAAGAAUUCCUACAGAGUCACAAUAACCUUAUGCCGAUAAGAUAUUCCUACUCACAAAUUAAGAAAAUCACCGGAGGUUUCAAAGAAAAGUUAGGAGAAGGAGGCUUUGGUUCUGUAUAUAAAGGAAAGCUCCAUAGUGGCCAGUUUAGUGCAAUAAAGAUAUUGGAUAAAUCUAAAGCUAAUAUACAAGAUUUUAUCAAUGAAGUUGCUACUCUCGGGAAGAUUCAUCAUGUUAAUGUGGUUCAACUAAUUGGUUUUUAUGCCGAGACAUCAAAACAAGCUCUCGUAUAUGAAUUUACGUCUAAAGGAUCUCUUAGAAAAUAUAUUGAUCUUGAAGGAUCCAUUUUGAUAAGUUGGGAAAAAUUAUAUGAGAUAUCUCUUGGAGUGGCUUAUGGUAUUGAAUAUCUACAUCGAGGGUGUGAUAUGCAAAUCCUUCAUUUUGAUAUCAAACCUGAUAACAUUCUGCUAGAUGAAAAUUUCAUUCCAAAGAUUUCUAACUUUGGGCUGGCAAAAUUUUACCCAACCAAAGGGAGCAUUGCAUCUCUUACCGUCAAAGGGGGAACAGAAGGAUAUAUGGCUCCAGAACUAUUCUACAAGAAUAUGGGGGGUGUUUCAUAUAAAGCAGAUGUGUAUAGCUUUGGACAAUUGGUGUUACAAAUAGCAGACAGAGGGAAGAAAGAAAAUAAUAAAGUUAUUGAAAGUUUAAGUGAAGUUUAUAGUCCAUAUCGGCUUCAUGACCAACUGUCUAGUGGAAAUUUACCGAUAGAAGACAUAACAGAGGAAGAAAAAAUAAAAGCAAGGAAAAUGAUUAUAAUAGGAUUAUAGUGUGUACAGUUUCAACCUUUUGAUCAUCCUGCUAUGAACAAAGUCAUAGAGAUGCUUGAAGGAGAUUUAGAAAGCCUACAAGUACCUCCCAGACCUACUUUAUUUCCUCUAGAUUCUGUAAAUACAAAUUGGCGAGAAUUAUUAUUAAUGUCAAAUGAUUUUACAGAAUCGAGAAGAUCGAUUAAAAAUCUAGAUCAAAGGACACAAUAGGGAAAUAUUAUGCUUAGUUUUACAUGGAAAAGCUAAGAUAUCACUCUUUGAAAGAGUAGACUUCCAUUUUAAAAGGUGAAACAUAAAUGUUCUUUCUAUUGUAUCCUUUUAAAUUGCCCUAAAUACUAGAGUUAAUUAAUGACUUGAUGAUAUUUUAUAAUAGUCCUGCAUAAUGAUAAUACAUUUACAUAAGAUUAAUGGCUUUUUUUCUCAAUAAUAAGAAAUUUCAUUGAUUGAAGAGCCUAAGGCCUACAAACCAUAACAAAAUAGGAUUCUAAGGCCAUAGACGGAAGCCCAACAUAAGAACAAAUCCUAGAACUCUAACCCAUAAUACAUGACCCAUCCAACCGGAUUGGAAGCAAAGCACCGCCGCCUAUAGUUGUUGGAGAAGCUCAUCAUUGUUGGCUUCAAAUAAGAUUGACGAGUAGCUCGCAAAUCAUAGGCCAAAAAAGAUAUGCAAACAUACUGAGAUACUAGGGAAAUAUCCCAAAAACCAAACAAGAAAGAAGAUAGAAAAAUUCAACUCCACGGCAAGGAAAUAAGCCUUCAUCGGAACGGUUGCAAAGCUAUGAAGGCAGGUAUAAAGAGAGAGGGGACACAUCGGUCGAACCACCACGCACUGCAUGGAUCACGAGGAGAGUUCUCUAAAUCUAUUCAAAACACAAACAACAAGAAAAACUAAAAAGUAGAAAAUGAUCGAGCAUGAGAGAAAAUUUUCUCCACCCGAAGAGAUAGAUGGAAACCUCCUACUAAGAUAAAGAAUCGAUAAAAACUCUCGAAAAAGAUGAGGCUAAACCUCAGGAAACUCAAAACUCUCUCUUCAAAGAGAACUACUUAUUUCCAUUAAGGGUUAAAACCACCAAUUCACAUUAAUGACUUGAUAGAUUGAGAGGAGCUAUAUAUAUAAAGCAGCUGCUUUCAUUUGUAAUAAGAAUUGCACAUUUGCAUAUGAAAAAUAGCAUUACUGCAAAAGAGAGAGAACUGUAUGAAAUUCAAUAAUGACAGCUGAUCCAACGGCUGCACCCACAUUUUUUUUAUAAGAAUAUGAAUUUUAUUAAUAAUUCAGAAAAACUUAAUAUGUCACAUACCACUAACUCAACUUUCAAAGUUAACGAUUCGAACCUAAAUAUUUGCAUGCUAAGUGAAAAAAUAUGGAGAAUCUCAAACAAACAAGAUAUAAUCAAAAGCAAAGUA